GUGUGCGGCCGCAUUCUAUAAUUAUCAUAAGCAAAAUCAGGAGGAGGGUAUGUACUUAGUUUGUCUCUGCUGCAGGCGAGCCGGUGAAAAUGCCGUCGGAGAUAGAGGGAGUAGUUGCCAAGUACCUUGAGCUAUUUGAAGAGGUGACAUGGGUUGUAGAGAGGGAGGUCGUUCAUGCGAUAGAGAUUAUCCCAGGGUCUAGCAUUCCGAAUGGUAGGAUCUAUCGGAUGUCUCCAAGGGAGCUCGAUGAGCUUUGCCGACAGCUCAAGGAACUCGUCGAGAAGGGUUGGAUCUGGUCGAGUGUCUCUCCUUAUGGAUCUCGAGUACUAUUCGUACCUCAGAAGGAGGGUACACUUAGGAUGUGCAUUGAUUAUUGGGGCCUCGAUGCCAUCACUGUUAAGAACAAAGAGCCCCUACCGCGCAUCGACGAUUUGCUAGAUAGAGUGCAAGGGUGUCGGUACUUCAGUAAGAUAAAUUUGAAGUCCGGGUACCAUCAAAUUGCAAUCGGGUCCGAGGAUCAACACAAAACCGCCUUUCAGACCAGAUAUGGUCUGUACGAGUUUGUGGUGAUGCCUUUCGGCCUUUGCAAUGCUUGUGGCACCUUUCAGCACGCUAUGAAUCAGAUAUUCCAUGACUACUUGGAUAAGUUUGUCAUCGUGUACGUCGAUGACAUAAUUAUCUUUAGUAAGACUAUCGAGGAGCAUGUUGCACACUUGGACGAAGUCCUUAGUCUCCUGCGACAGCACAAGUUCAAGAUCAACGGGGAGAAGUGCGAGUUUGGCCGCACCUGUGUCUUGUACUUGGGUCAUGAGAUCUCUGCGGAAGGGUUGAAGCACGAUGACGCGAAGGUGGCCAGCAUUCGUGAUUGGCCACGUCCUCAGUCCGUGACUGAGAUGAGAUAUUUCUUAGGAAUGACAGGCUACUAUAGGACUUUCGUUAAGAACUAUAGCAUAGUGGCCGCUCCUUUUACUGAUUUGACCGGCCUUGACACCCCAUGGGAGUGGACAGAUGAGUGCGAGGCUGCUUUCAGACAUUUGAAGCAUGCGUUGACGCACUACGAGGUCUUGAAACUUCCUGAUCUUUAUAUGCCCUUUAUAGUCACCACGGAUGCCAGCCAAUAUGGCAUUGGCGCCGUGCUCGCGCAGCAGGAGGGGCCAAAGUUGAGGCAUGUGGAGUACAUGUCCAAGAAAAUGUCGUCUCAGAAGUUGGCCAAGUCCACCUAUGAGAAAAAACGCUAUGCAGUUUACAAGGCUCUGACCCAUUGGAGACACUAUCUUCAUCCUCAGGACUGAUCAUCAGACCCUGAGAUGGAUGAGAACUCAGCCGGUGCUCUCUGACGCUCUGAAGCGUUGGAUUGAA